AUGGUUUAAUUAUUUAAAGGUCUUACAAAAGUGUUAUAAACUCUUAAGAAAGAAAUAAUGGGUUCUAUAUCAAAAUGGACUGAUUAAGAAUAAAUUUAUUUAAGAAAGAUUCAAUUGUUAAAAGCAAAACUAUCAUUUUAUUUAUUUAAUUUUUUCAAAGAAUUGCACAAUGUUCAUAUGGUAAUGAAAUAAAAUAAGUAUGAUGGUUGCUUAAUUAUUUGGUUUGAUAAGGUUUUUCACUGUUAAAUGAGAUGA